UGUUUUGCGGCAUCCCAUUCGACGAUAAACAUUGCGACCUGACCUGCAGUACUUUCAGAGAGGCAAGGCACGUACGUGAGUGAGGCCGAGUCGCGUACACGGUCGUUAUUUCUGCAAGAUAUCUUGACUCACGAACAUCAGAUGCCCACACUAUGGUGAAGCAUUACCCCGUUUCAAAAGAAGGCGACGCAAACCUGUCGCUCUGAUAUUGACCUCUAACGUCGAAAAGCCGUUAGCUUUGGCAGCUAACGCAAGCUAGCUAAGUUAGCUGUUACGUAUCCUCGUUUUUUACCACACGCAACUGACCUCCACCACAACACAGGCGUACUGAGUUUAAUUUGUUUUCUAGGCUGGGGUCGUUAUUCUCCUGUGUCUUAACGUUCGCUCCCGUUGUCCCCGUGUGGUGCCCCGUGGACGGUUCCCGAAUAUGAUACAUAAUGAGUCAAAGAGAUACCUUGGUUCAUCUGUUUGCUGGAGGAUGUGGGGGCACGGUAGGAGCCAUACUGACUUGUCCACUGGAAGUAGUGAAGACCCGUCUGCAGUCCUCCUCCAUCACCCUCUAUGUGUCUGAGGUUCAGCUGAGUACUGUCAAUGGGGCGAGUGUGGCCCGCAUGUCUCCGCCAGGCCCUCUGCACUGCCUCAAGUUGAUAAUGGAGAAAGAAGGGCCUCGCUCUCUCUUCAGGGGUUUGGGGCCAAACUUGGUGGGUGUGGCACCAUCCAGAGCAAUCUAUUUUGCUGCUUACUCCACUGCCAAAGAGAAACUGAACGGUGUGUUGGAACCAGACUCCACGCAGGUGCACAUGGUGUCGGCUGGAAUGGCAGGUUUUACAGCCAUCACAGCAACCAAUCCAAUAUGGCUCAUAAAGACCCGUCUGCAGCUAGAUGCUAGGAAUCGAGGUGAGCGAAGGAUGAGUGCAUUUCAGUGCAUGCGCCGGGUGUAUCAGACAGAUGGCCUGCGCGGCUUUUACAGGGGUAUGUCGGCAUCCUACGCCGGUAUCUCAGAGACUGUGAUCCACUUUGUGAUCUAUGAAAACAUCAAACGUCGCCUCUUAGAGGCCAAGGCGCCGCAGAACAUGGACGAGGAAGAAGAGACGUCCAAAGAUGCUUCAGACUUUAUCGGGAUGAUGCUUGCUGCUGCCACCUCCAAGACCUGUGCCACAUCUAUUGCUUAUCCUCAUGAAGUGAUCCGCACCAGGCUACGUGAGGAGGGCACCAAGUAUAACUCCUUCUUCCAGACUCUGACAACAGUGCCCAAAGAGGAGGGCUACCGCGCCCUGUACCGCGGCCUCACCACACACCUGGUACGACAGAUCCCCAACACCGCCAUCAUGAUGUGCACCUACGAGUUGGUUGUCUACCUCCUAAACGGUUAAAGUCUUGUCCCCCCACCACGAACCCCCCCCUCCCCUACGUAGACAGUGUAUGUAACCCUGCCCCUGUUCAGAGACAGAGAAAAGAGAAGGAGAGCCAACUGCACACCAGCCAGCACAUGAACCUGCUUGCCAGAAGAGGACCAAGACCGCAGCAAGACCUUUAUGUCUCAGUGGCGCAAGUGGUUGUGAAAAAUAAGUUGGGAGUAGUUCUUUGUUUUAUAACCAAAGGUUCUGGCACAGGGACGAGGAUUGGGAAGUUCCUCACAUUGGUUUGGGGUUCUCGGGUCUAGCAAUGGCAAAGAAAUGGUUGUCCGAUGUUUAUUUUGAUUCCAUCUUUUUCUCCCUUCAGUUAUAUACAUUGUUUCUGGGAGCACAGAUUCAGGGUGCUGAAGAAAGAGUUACAGUACAUUCUGCCUCUAACAAUACUACUAAUAAAAGAAGUACAGUAAU